GCCCCCCCCACCACCCCCGCUGCCCGUCCCGCCGCCACCGCCCGCUCGGUGCCGCCCGGUGCCGCCAUGGAGUCCGGCGGGGCCCAGAACUGCCCCGGCACCUGCCUGGCCUUCAGCCGCACCCGCAAGGGGCUGGUGCUCAUCGGCGAGAUCGUGCUGUGCCUGCUGACCCUGAUCUGCUUCGGGGCAUCGCGCUCAGGCUACGCGGGGUUGGCAGCGGUGGAGCUGGUGUUCGCCGCGCUGGUGCUGCUGGCCUGGAGCUGCCGCCUGCCGCCCCGCCUGCCGCUGCUGCACUGGGGCUGGACCGAUUUCAUGCGCUGCCUCAUCGGGGCUUUGCUCUUCCUCAUCACCUCCCUCAUCGUCAUCGUCGGCCAUCGGGACGGCGCUGGCAUCGCAGGAGGGGUGUUCGGGAUCCUGGCUGGGGUCCUCCUGGGAUACGAUGCCUUCAUCACCCUCCCCACACGGCAGGGCCACACCGCCGCCCCCACUGAGUCCCCAGACGGUGCCUGAACAGCCCCACAACCCAGCAGAGACCUCCCCAAACCUCCCCCGCAGGGCGACCCCCAGCCUUAAAUUAUUGAGGGGUCCUGACGCUGGGUCCCCCGGGGGGGACAGGGGGAGAUCUGGGGGUCCCUCAGAGGUUCCCCUUCCCCAAACGCCUUCGCAAGUGCCUUGACCUGCCCGUGUCUCAGUUUCCCCCAGGGGAGACCCUCCCCCCCCCCCCAGGGUUAAAGGUGCCCUGGCCCCUCACGGGGUUUGGGGUGCCCGCCUCAGUUUCUGGGGUGUCUCCGUUAAUUUUUGGGGUGUUCCCCAUCCUUUCCCCCAGCCCGCGGGAGGCUUUGGGGGCAAUACAUUGGGGAAUAAAGAGUUUUUAUUACUGCA